GGAUGCAGAACGAGCGGGCGGGGCCGUUUUUCCUUGCAGUGCCCUAUCUGAGUGUAAAUAUGCAUGACGGGACAGAACGGACGUAGCAGAGUGAGAGGCAAAAGGCAAGACAUCCGAAGGAAGAUCGUUUUUAAAGGGCGUAAUCCCAAUUAACUGUAGACCGAACGCGGUUAUUUUUAAGUAUAACAUGGUUUGAUUUACUAUUUUCGAUUCAUAUUCGAGAAUUCUCAGCUGGACGGACAUUUCCCUCAUAUGAGGAUCCUGGUUCGCGGUGAGACCACAGUAGUAUCAUAGACGUUCUCCUAUCGGGAUCUCUGGGGUACGGAACAGCUGCAUCGUGCGUUAGACCUGAGAUCAAGCCGCUGUCAUGGCGUGGCCCUGCAUCACCAGGGCGUGCUGUAUGGCCCGCUUUUGGAAUCAGCUGGACAAAGCUGACAUUGCGGUGCCAUUGGUUUUUACCAAAUACACGGAUGUCUCGGAGAUGCAGCAUCUUCAACUGCAGCCAUACCAUAAGAAACAGAUGCAUCCCCAGGCACGGGCAAGCGCUGUCGCCAUAGAAACACAACCUACCCGUGCCCAGCCGACCACGGGUUCUACUGCGCCCGAGGAGCGCGCAAGUAGCUCUGUCAUGCGCCAAGACUAUAAGCACUGGAGAGUUCGCCCUGAACCUAGCUGUAAACCUAAAAAUGAAUACCACGGCCCCGAGACCCCUUUUAACACCGAGACACAAUAUCAGAAAGAUUACAAGCCAUGGCCCAUCCAGAAACGCGGUGACCAUCCAUGGAUUCCCAAACCCAGUCCUUCUGUUGGAGCACCAGAUAGAUCGAAACACUCUCACGUGCACGCAGAAGUGGACAGUGGUGUAGAAAAAAGUGAAAUUGCUGACAAGGUGCAAGAGAAAGACAUUGUGCCUGGGGAGAGGAAAAAGAAGGCAACUAAGAAAGUGGAGAAUGCUGUCGAAAAGAAAGUGGUUAUCAAAGUGGAGGGACAACACGGAGAUUUUGCGGCAGAGGGCAGAAGGAGGGCGGCAGUCGAUGCCCUCAACCAGCAGAUAAAAGAGGAAGUGACAUCUGGCAGCUCAUAUAGGAAUGAGUUCAAGGCCUACAAGGAUGUGAAGCCUGUGAAGUUGUUCAGGGGUCAGUCCCAGUACCUGCCCCCUCACGAGAGGACAGAUCCGAAGACCAGUUACAGCUCCUCCUUCAGGGGAGAGCAGUCGGCCAAGAUACUGCCCACUGACAACAAGGUGGUGGACCGCAGGAGGAUACGGAGCCUGUACAGUGAACCCUACCUGGACCACACUAAGGCUGACAGAUCUACUGUCCCCCGCUCCAAACCCAAAAAGGCGGCCACCCCGUCGGCCACCCAGGGCAAACCUCUGAAGAAGGCCAGAGACAAGCAGAGUGUGGCCCUGAGGGGCACCAAGACGAAGACCUCAGAGAACCAGGCAGAUUCCAAGGCCGCGGUGGGGGACAAGGAGAAAAGUAAAGAGAUGAACAACAAACUGGCUGAGGCAAAAGAGGUUGUGGUAAAACAGUACCACUACAUACAGCUCUGUCAGCCAAUCCGUGACACUGGCUGGGUGCAGACUCUAAAGCAACACCUAUGGGGCUGUGCUCUACCCAAUUCCAGAGAGCCUACAGACGAGGUUCUCCGACCCGGUGAUCAUCAUUCCUACGGUGCUGCUGGAGGAGAACCACCAGAACCUCUGGUGGAACGACCGGAGCCUCGCCGGAGCGGUGGGGUCGUGCAUUUUGCCCCGGAUGUGAAGUCCUCGGACUAGAUCUCCCGAGGGGGGGGGGGGGGGGUGACCGUGAUACAGGGACUGCUGUUCCUGUACUGUAUAUAUCUUGCAUUUUCUUGCUAAUUGUAUUAGCGA